UUACCAAUGGAGUGAAGGCUUAAUUAAAAAUAAUACAUAAUCGCGGUGCAGAACGGCCGCGUUAAGUGUGUGUGUGUGUAUGUGUGUAUGUGUGCAAUUCGCGGCGACAGCAACAACAGCAGCGUUAACACAAGCAAAUAGCAAAAACGCAAAGAAAUUGUGACAACCCUAAUCUGCUAAGAAUUCCUCUCAGCGCUGAGUACCGAUUGUAAUUUAUAAACUUGUAUUGGGUAUUUACUUUGCUCCACAAAUAUUCUAUUGUGUACUUGAUUAAAAAAAUAUAUAAUUUUAAUGUUUUCAAAUAUUAAUCGCGGCAAAGAAAGAUUUAACAGACUCUUUCAACUGCUGAAAUAACCGCACAUCUACAUCAAAAUGUCAAAUAUUAAAUAAAUUUCAUUCAAACUCAGCGAAUGCGAAUGCCCUAUUAAAAAUAAAAAAAAGACACCAGUAAAAAAACAAUGUACUAAAACGGAAUGCGAAUGCGAAUGUGAAUGUAAAUGUGUGAUCAUUGUUAUAAUCGCCGUUGUCGUUGCCGUCGUCAUCAUCGUCGCCGUCACCGUCACCGUCACCGUCACCGUCACCAAUUUCCACACAUCUAAUACUAAGUAUCUUUGUCUCCGAAAGCUUCAUCACCGUCACGAUACCCGUAAAAGAACAUAUCGUGAUUAGCAGCAGUAGCUGGCCUAGCUGGGACGACGUAUUAUGGAUAGCACGGCUAAAGCGGUAGCAGCAGUAGUGACGACGCCGUCAGCAACAAGUGGUGUUGGUGGAACAGCGACGUCCGCAUCGGGCAUUAAGCUUAGUCCGACAGACGCUGCUGCCAAUAAUAAUAACAAUAAUAAUACAACAACAGUGACAACUAACGGUAUCAAAGAGAAUAACAGUAAUAAUAUAGCAACAUCUUCCUCGUCAGCAACGCCUCUUUCAGCGGCGGCGAUACCGAUUGUUGUAACGGGGGGCAGCGGCAGUGCUGGCACAUCUGCGCCCACCUCAUCGCCAACAGCCAGUUCACCAUUGUCAGCGGCGGCAUCUGCAGCGGCGACACCAAAUAGCGGCGAGGUGAGUUUUUAGAUAUUCAAUAGGAGUGCGAGUCAACGAGUUGAAUUGAACGCAUUCAAACAGUGACAUAGUACAAAUGUAUCAAUACUAACGAUUUAUAUCUACGUAUAUGUAUAUAUGUAUAUGUGUAUAUGUAUGUAUGUAUGUAUAUGUACAUACAAUACAUACACCUUUAAGCACAAUCGAGACCAACGAAAAGCGAAUGGACGGUGAGAAACCGUAAAAUAUAGAUUUUGCCUGACAUUACGCUUAAAUGAAAAGAACAUUCAUAACUACUUUUUUUGUUUUUACAUACAUACAUAUGGCACGAUUCACGUCAACCUGCCCAGAGGUCGCCCAAAAUUCCAAUCAAUGAAAAUUAAUAUGCAACGCUUUCAAUUAAAACGGGGCGAAUUAAAAAUUUCAAAAUGGCGUCUUUAGAUACGCAGCUCUUAAAGACGCUCUUUUCGCGAAGAAACGAAUAUACUUAUUAAUUUCUGCAAAUGAUGACAGAAAGAUAGAUCAAGACUUAUACUAUAGUUUUCGAAGUCGCUGAUUACGAAUCUGAAGUAUAUUUUUUUUAACUCAAAAUGGUUAAGAUUUUUUAAAAAUGGAGCGGAUUCACUUAAGAGUUCGUUACUCGGGGAGAUCUCGGCGUCGCGGAAUACUAGAGUUGGAUUUUUUAGUUCACUUUAAAGAUUAGUUCACUUCUAUGCUCAAUGAACUAGCUCUUCUGUGACUGAGUUCGUUCACCUUAUUGAACUAUAGCGCUUCAUUUUGGUAUUGCAAGAUAAAUACUUUUGUU